AUGAGUGAUAGGUCCCCGAGCCGGUAUUGCCCGGAAUACCCGGAGCCCCCAUCACACGCACCCCUCAACCCUUACCCAAGCCGGGAUACACAUGGUGAUGGACGCGGACACGAACAUGGGCCUAGGGACACGCACCCAUCAUUCGGGAUGGGCCUAGACAGCAACCAAUCCCCAGAUCCGCAUGACCCACCAGGCGACGCCAAACGGUCGCGUGCAUGCGAGCCAUGCCGACAGCUGAAAGUGCGCUGCGACCCAGACCCGGCGCACCCGGAAGGGUCAUGCAAGCGGUGCGCGAAAGCGCGGCGGACGUGUGUUGUAACUGCGCCUACGCGCAAGCGGCAGAAAAAGACCGACAGUCGGGUGGCGGAGUUAGAGCGGAAGAUCGAUGCUCUGACGGCGACGCUGCAGGCAUCAAAUUCCACCAGUGCGCUGUUCUCUGGUGGAGCGGGGCAACGGGAUGAGCAGCUUGCUGGUCGAAGAUGGAUUGCUGGGAGCAAGCGACAGCAUACCGGCGAACUCAAGGAUCCCUCUGGUGGGCUGUUAGCGCCGCGGUAUUCGCGGCCGGGUAGUCCAUCUGCAGAGCAGAUUCCUAGCCAUGCAUCGAAGCAUUGGCGCAGACCUGUUGGUGUUGAUUCUGCGCCGCCGCCGCCAAAACAUGAGGCCGGGAAUGAGUUUGCUGAUAUGAUCGAUCGCGGGAUUAUAGAUUACAAGACUGCAAGCGCAGCGUUUGAUAGGUAUAUCCACCAGAUGGCGCCAGAGUUGCCUUUUGUUGUUUUUCCGCCGGGGACUACAAUGGGCGAGGUUCGCCGCAAUAAGCCUUAUUUGUUCCUUGCGAUCAUCGCGGCUGCGGUUGCCGUCUUCAAUUCCGACGCACAGCCGAUCCUCGUGAAUGAGACAUAUCGUCUGAUCGCCGAGCAGGUUGUUGUCAAAGGCCAAAAGUCGCUUGAGCUGGUUCAGACUAUAAUGGUCUGUUCUAUCUGGUAUCUCCCACCCGAUAACUUCGACGAGAUCAAGUUCUAUUCUUUGAUCCAUAUGGCGGUGGUCAUGGCAAUGGAACUUGGAUUAAACCGUCGCAUUUCCGAUAAUAGACGCAGCUUCAGCGUGAUCCGCGAACUGAUCAUUAAAAAGCCGACGGGUCCGGCAUUUGAUCCAAAGGGACCGGAAGCAAGGCGAACUUGGGUUGGCUGUUAUUUCUUAUCUGUCCAGAUGUCGGCGGCUCUGAGAAGAGUACACUUGGUCACCUGGCAGCCGUAUAUGGACGAGUGCCUUCAGAUUUUAGAAACCCACCCGGAUGCCCUACCCUCCGAUCGAAACUUGAAAUGGUGGAUAAAGCUGGGAUCGAUCAUGGAGGAUGCUGGAAAUCUCUUCUCGGAGGAGGAUCCUGGGUGCAUUACCACCUUCGCGGACAGCAAGGUUUGGUAUAAUAUUAAAAUGUUUGAGGAUAGAUUGGCACAAUGGAGAGAGGAGGUCCCACGGGACGUUUACACUGAGCCAAUGGUUCACGCAGAACAUGUCCUGAAUCUCUUCGUCCAUGGAUCUGCAAUGUGUGUGGACUAUAACACGGUCAACAACUCUCCAUCUCAGGAUGAUUUGCAUAACUCAUCGAUUGCGAUUGAUGCGUUGAGCACGGCCAUCCGCUGCAUUCACGAGAGUCUAGAUGUCAUUUGCACCAUCAAUAUUGACCGACUUAUAUCCUUGCCUACGACAUCCUUAGCGCGGACAUCGUAUCCCGUGGUUAGUUUGAUAAAAAUAUACUCACUGUUCAUGUCGCCGGACAGUCGAAUUGGUCAGAUUCUCGACGUGCAGAGUCUCAAACUCGAUUAUUAUUUGGACAAAGUCAUCGCGCAUUACCGUGCCGCCGCUGCGCGCGAUGGUGGCCGUGCAGCAGCGAGAUUUGGAAACAUAAUGGUUCUGUUGCGCAAUUGGUUUAUCAAGAAGCGCGACCAGGGAGAUCAUGGCCGGGAAUUGAAGGAGGUCUUUUCGAAUGAUCAGAAAUCCUCCGAUCACCGGCAGGCACGUCAUAACCCUGAUACCCCGAACGCGGUAUCUACCAAUCCAAGAGCGCGGAUAGCACCGGGCAUGACACCCCUCCAUUUCCUCAGCGAAGUAGCCAUGGGCGACCCAGCGCACCGAGCGAACAAUUCCAACUCCCAACGCUCGAUAGCCGGACAAUCUUAUUCCUCAAACCACAGUCCAAGCUCAACAGUCAACCCAAUGCCAACGCCAAGCUCAUCCAAUUUCGUGCCAGAUCCACCCCAAACCAGCUGGUCAUCUAGCUCAUCAUACCCAACCACUCUCCCGAGCUCAGACUCGAACCAUAUCGAGACGAGGGGUUACUACCAACCCUAUCCAUCCACCGAAAUCACACAGAAUUAUCCAGAUUUACCAUCGAGUACCCAGACUCAGGGAUACCCUGACAUGUCCACCGUGGCUGGAGUGCAGCUUGCUCCUCCGAUGGGAAUGGCACCCGAGGUAGGCAUGGACCCGAAUUUCGGUGAUCCUUGGUUUACGUUAGGGAAUAUGAUGGACGAGGGACUGUUUACAUUCCCUCUUUCUUUUGACGGGAAUUUCGGAUUGUUUUAG